AUGGCCCGCACCAAGCAGACCGCCCGUAAGUCCACUGGUGGCAAGGCUCCCCGCAAGCAGCUCGCCUCCAAGGCCGCCCGCAAGAGCGCCCCCUCCACCGGAGGUGUCAAGAAGCCUCACCGCUACAAGCCCGGUACCGUCGCUCUUCGUGAGAUUCGUCGCUACCAGAAGUCCACCGAGCUUCUGAUCCGCAAGCUCCCCUUCCAGCGUCUGGUUCGUGAGAUUGCCCAGGACUUCAAGUCCGAUCUUCGCUUCCAGUCUUCGGCCAUUGGCGCCCUUCAGGAGUCCGUCGAGUCUUACCUCGUCUCCCUCUUCGAGGACACCAACCUGUGCGCCAUCCACGCCAAGCGUGUCACCAUCCAGUCUAAGGACAUCCAGCUCGCCCGCCGCCUCCGCGGCGAGCGCAACUAA